AGAGCGAAGAAAAGUUGGAAGUCACCUUGUGCGGUACAAAGGCAAUCUCAGUAUUGAUUUGUUCAAUAGCAAUGUACAGACUGCGUUGAUGGUCCGUCACUGUCCCUGUAGCAGAGGAGAGGACACAGGUUGUAUAUACAGUACAGUGGUGAGCCCUCCCGUGUACUGUUCUAACACAAACACACCCACAUACAAGUCAAGUCCCAAAAAAAUUUCAGACAAGUGGGGGGCCUGGGUUGGAAUCAUAGCAUUUCAUACUUUCAUUAGCAUACCUAAACAAUCUUUUUUGCUUGUAGGUCAAUGUGCAUGAUGUGUGUCUCUGUCUGUGUUAACUGCGUGGUCUCCUGAGAGUCCAGUCGGCCAUG